AUGACUGACUGGAAUGUCGAUUUGGAUAACAAAAGACGUUUGAUCUGUCAAUGUUUAUGUCCAUGUUUAAUUGACGGAACACUAAACGAUGUUAGAGACGAAAACCUUUAUUCAGAAGAAGAAGAAAUAUUCUUAACUUCUAAAGCUAGAGCCUUAUCGAACCUCUUGUUUUUAAAAGACGAUGUAUUUGAAAUUGAAGCAUCAAAUUUGUACGAAAAGAAAGCAAUUACAUUACAACCAUGGAACAGUGAACACAACUUAAAGAAUCAACAUUGUGAAGAAUUUCAAUCACCAUCUCAAGUCAUAAAGAGAUAUUUACAAGAUGAAGCUAAGCAAAUCAAUCGUUAUAUCUUGAUGACUAUCUUAUAUAACGUUACCGGACCUAUAGUAUGA